AUGUCGCUGUUCGGAUCGUCUCCAGAGGAGCCUGCUCCAAUCCGCAGCUCUACCACCAAGCCCCGAAACACGCUAUUCGACGACAACGAUAGUCCAGCUCCAGCAUCGAAGUCUACACUGUUUGCAGAAGACGACGCUCCAUGGGGAAUGCCCACGCCCAAAAAACCUGCUCGUGGUGAUCUAGUAAAAAGCUUGCUCGAUGGCGCCGACAUUCCGGAUAGCUACGUUGACAUCUUCGAUAGCUUGCUGAAGGAUGAUGCUCUGAGCAGUGGUGGGAAGAUUAGUGCCGAUGGAAUUACCCAUACUGUGAGAGCUGGAAAUCUGGAUGCUGCUUCACAGGAUCGGAUUGUAAACUUGGUUACUUCUGGCGGGCAAACAUCGAAUCUGAACAGGAACGAAUUCAAUGUUCUGCUGGCCUUGAUUGGCCUGGCGCAAGAGAAUGAAGAUAUCACACUCGAUGGUGUUGACGAACGUCGACGGAAUCUGCCUGUGCCCAAAACCCCAAGUUUAUCAACAGCAGCCGCCUUUCCGAAUGCUUCAGAGCUUGCCGCGAAACCACCUCAAUCAGUGUCGUCUUCCGCAAGCGAAACUCUACGGAGUCAGAAACCGAAGACACCGCGCAAGCCGUCAAUGGACUUCCCAGAAGCCGACCCAUGGGCAAGCCCUGCCCUACAUCGAGGCCAUAGUCAUGAACAAGGUCUACCAAAGGCUAACGGCGGGACGAGUGCUGUCGAAAGCAAUGGAGCACAUGGCCCUACGCGAACGACGAGUAACUUUACCACUGCUUCGCAAAGUUCGCCGAAUGGAGCGUCUCACCUUUCUUCACAAGCUGCCCCUACAACACCUGCGGCGGGUGGAGGAUGGGCAUACGACGGCGCCGAAUCAUCGGCCACGCCUUUUGGCACCGAGACCGACCCCUCAAUCGGAGGCGAUGGAUUUGGGAUAUCUGGCGGGGAUGGCGAUCGUCCAAUCCAAAAUAUCCCAACCAGGUCUUUUGGAGGGGGUCGCGUGAGUGGGGUCGGUGUCGAGGAAACAAUAUUAGUCACGCUGUUACCUGAGAAGGAGGGAAUGUUCAUGUUCCAGCAUCAUAACUAUCAAGUUGCCAGUCCACGAAGGGGAAGCAAGGUUGUCAGAAGGUACAGUGACUUCGUUUGGCUAUUGGACUGCUUACACAAGCGAUAUCCAUUUCGACAACUACCUCUUCUUCCGCCAAAAAGAGUUGGAGUCAAUGGCAACCAUCUCGCUGCGGACAGCACGUUCAUCGAAAAACGGAGAAGAGGACUCGGCAGAUUUGCGAAUGCUCUUGUUCGGCAUCCUGUGCUAAGCCAGGAACAGUUAGUGAUAAUGUUUUUGACUGUACCAACCGAGCUUGCUGUAUGGAGGAAGCAGGCAACUAUCUCGGUUCAAGAAGAGUUCGCUGGCAAAUCUCUCCCCCCUGGACUUGAGGACUCUUUAUCCCCAACACUUCAUGAACUGUUCGAAACGAGUCGCACUGGUAUUCGCCGGUCUGCUGAUAUCUAUAUAAAUCUAUGUAACCUUGUAGAUAGGCUUGCAAAGCGGAACGAAGGGCUGGCCGCAGACACAAAUCGUCUUGCCCUUUCCCUGCAGUCGCUCACAGAUGUUUCACAAGACACUUACGCUACCGAUACCAAUGAUGUACCUCUGUUGAAUGGUGGCCUCCAGUCAAUGGCUAAGCAUCUCUCCAACAGCCAAAGUCUCCUCGAAGACGAAGCUCGUGCUUGGGAUUUAGGCGUUCUCGAAGACCUCAAAAGACAGCGAGAUAGUCUAGUAAGUAUGCGAGAAAUGUUCGACCGCCGGGAUCGUUAUGACAAGGAUAACAUUCCAUAUCUGGAGAAAAGAAUACAAAACAACGAAAACAAGCUCGUCGCGAUUCGGGCGAAACCAGAGAAUCUGAUGAAACCUGGGGAAAUUGAGAAAGUCACCGAAGCAAUCAUCAAAGAUAAGCAAUCGAUCGUUGCACAACAUGCUCGUGGUGUUUUUGUCAAAGAGUGCAUUCGAGAUGAGUUGAUGAACUUUCAAUCCUCUCAGUAUCAUGUCAGCCGUUUAAGUCAAGACUGGGCGCAGGAGCGCGUCAAGUAUUCCGAACUGCAAGCCGAUAACUGGAAGCAAUUACAGGAGGAGGCGGAGGCUAUGCCGCUGGGAGAAUAA